UCAGAUGGCUGUUUGGUACAAAUUUAAAUAAAGAAACAGGAUUUAUUAUUAAGUCUUUCAUGAAACACGUUUUGGUCUGAAACUGGAUACUCCGGUCUGGCCAGUCUGUUCGGGUGACUCUGUUUGACGGUUUUAUUUCAUUUUUCGUGAUUUUGACCGUAGCCCCGCCCUCGCAGGUGACACCACGGCAGGUGUGUUAGUCCUCGGGACAGGGGAAACUAACUGUCGCCGCUUCUUCCACCAUCGCAGCAUCUGGUUUGCACAGUUUUCACUCCCGAGGCGUCCCGUGUUUGCCUUUUCCCCCCGUGAACAGGUGAGAUGAGUGGGGCAGGUGCGGCUCUCCUCUCCUCGCAUCUCGGGGACUGAUUGCACCCGACAGGAAAGGAGCUAUUCACACAACCAUGAGAGCGCCCUCCUUCAAGUGUGCUUUCCUCCUGCUGGGGACCUUCGUCGUCUCCAUAGUUUUAUACGGGACUUUCAGCGACUGGGGCCGCAGUGUGCAGCCACUAGAGGACAGCGCUGAGCCAGACUUUCAACCGACCUGGAACAUCAGCUUCGCCACCGAGGACGAAGAUCUGGUGGAAGCAGCGUGUUCUCUGAGGAAAGCGGUGAGGAACAAUCCUCUGGUCAACAAAAUCUUCAGCUUCUCCGUGUCAGUCUUCCUGUCGGCGGGAAGCUUCUCCAAACCGGCCUGGGAGCAGCUGAAGAAUCAGCGGCCACCGUACGGCUGGAAGUCUGUUCCUGCUGACGUCGUCAAAUCGUCCGUCUCUCAGCUCAGCAGCUCUCAUCUGUUUGAGCGCGGCUCACCUGACAGGUGUGUUCGUUGUGCUGUGGUGGGAAAUGGAGGAAUCCUCCGAGGGUCCCGGCAAGGGAAGAACAUCGACAGCCAUGACUUUGUGUUCAGGAUGAACGGAGCGAUGAUCAGCGGCUUUGAGAAAGACGUGGGGAAGAAGAUUUCCUUCUACGGUUUCUCCACCAACACAAUGAAGCACGCGCUCAUCUGGUACCGCGGAGACGGCUUCACCAGAAUCCCUCAGAGUCCAGACAUCAAAUACAUCUUCAUCCCUGCAGACAUCAGAGAUUAUGUGAUGCUUGCUGCCGCUAUUCGGGGUCGGGCCAUCCGCUCAGGAAAAGACAUAGGAGACAGACCCUCGAGAUAUUUUGGCCACAAACCAGCUGAAUACUUCAAGAUGCUCCACCCAGCCUUUAUCUCCUACGUGACACGCAAUUUCCUGGCAUCUUCUCGGCUGGACGACAUCAGGAGUCGUGACUUGUACAUGCCGAGCACCGGAGCUCUGAUGCUGCUCACCGCCAUACAUACCUGUGACCAGGUUUCUGCUUAUGGCUUCAUCACUAGGAACUACGCCGCGUUCUCCGACCAUUACUACGACUCUGUGAGGCGGCCUCUGAGGUUCUACGCCAACCACGACUUACAAAUGGAGGCCCAGCUCUGGGAGACUCUACACCGCCAGAGGAUAAUCAAGCUGUACCAGCGGAGGACGAGAAGCUGACGGAGGAAACGUUCAGACGACAAGUUCACCAGUCUGUGGUGCUUUUAACACGAGCUCAGGCUGAACAAUCGAGGCCUCGGGUUAAUCUAAAAGUUGCUUCUUUUUGCUUGAAUUCUACAGGAAUCCUGAAAUCCUUUUCACUUUCAAACAUAUGUGUAAUGUUUACACUUUAAGUUUUGUUUUUCAAUGCUGAACCAUUUUUGCACUUGCCAUGAAACACCAUGAAAUAUUUUUGUUACAGAAUUAAAAAAUGUGAAUUAAAAUGAUGAAUUUCAUUUUUAAGUAUGAGUGAUUCAAUUUAAAGUUUUUCACUUUCUGUAAAAGGAGAGCUUAAAUGCAGUGGGAGAGUCUCCAGAAAUCUUAUGGAAGAUAGCAGGACUUGAACACAAUGUGUUAACAUUAAAUCAUGACUGGAACUGUUGCAGAUCUUUUCUUUUUUUUUUUUUAAGUGUAAAAUAUGUAUAUAUUAAUGGGCAAAUAAAUGAAGGUGAUUAAUUCAGUUAUGAAGUUAAGUAUUUUCAACAUAUUGCAAAAUAUAAAUGUUAAAAUAUAUAAUUAGAUUUUCACAGUGUGUUCUAACAUGCACAGUAUGCAGGAAUACAUUAUUAACUAAUCUAACAUAAGUUGACUAUAUCAUGACUUUACAAGAGGCUGAAAAUUAUAUAUUUUUUUCAUGCAGA